CAAUAAAUGAUGAGAUCCAUAAGAGGAUGCAAUGUGUGGCCACCAACGAGAUGCAGCAUUGCAGCACGACACGACUGCACGAGGACGAAAAAAAAAAUAUCCGGACAUCCGGUCACGGUUGCCAUUCUUUUCCUGUAACCGAACCCUGAAGGGUAGCGUCAUCAUCCAGACCACCAUUACCAGAGUGCUCUGCUCUCGCUGGAGGCCGUGGUUCAUUCACGUUCAUGGAGGCCGCCGCCAUUCCCACCAGUGCCCCGGAAACCAGGUUUUCCUUACAGGAAGUCGUAGUUUCUACCUACUGCUUGACAGGAUUGCCGUUGUCACCGGCGGCAACAAAGGGAUCGGGCUAGAGGUGUGCCGGCAGCUGGCCGGCGCCGGCGCCACCGUCGUCGUCUUAACAGCCAGGGACGAGACGAGGGGUGCAGCCGCUGCACAAGAGCUCAGAGAAUCUGGGCUCUCCGAUGUCAUCUUCCAUCAGCUGGACAUCACCGACGCUGCGAGCGUCAGUCGGCUGGCUGAGUUCCUCAAGGCUCGUUUUGGAAAGCUAGAUAUCCUGGUAAAUAAUGCCGCAGUUGGUGCUGUUGAGUACGUCCAAGAUCCUGCUGACAGUUCAACGAGCGAGGAAGAGCUGAGUGGCAUGGAUAUGGUCCAAAGGCUUCAGUGCAUGCUUAAGAGAGUCCGGGAGACCUACGACGCUGCGACAGAAGGCAUCAAGACAAACUACUAUGGCAUAAAGCAUGUGAUCGAAGCCUUGCUGCCUCUGCUUCAAGCUUCCUCCGAUGGGAGGAUCGUUAACGUCUCCUCUGACUUCGGACUGCUAAGGCUGAUCAACAACGAGGAAGCUAAGGCAGGAGCUAAACGACGUGGAGAAGCUCACCGAGGAGAGGCUGGACGAGGUGCUGGCCGCGUACCUGAGAGACUUCGACGCCGGCGAGGUGGGGGCGCGCGGGUGGCCGGUGGACUUCUCGGCCUACAAGGUGGCCAAGGUGGCCAUGAACGCGUACACGAGGAUCCUAGCGAGGAGCCACCCGGGGCUGCGCGUCAACUGCGCGCACCCCGGCUACGUGAGCACCGACAUGACCGUCCACACCGGGCCUCUCACGCCCGAGCAAGGCGCGGCCAACGUCGUGAAGGUGGCGCUGCUGCCGGAGGGCGGCCCGACCGGCGCGUACUUCGCGUUGGGAGAGGAGGCGUCCUUUAUGUGACGAAAGCACCGUCGUCGUUAAGUUCGUCGUUGUUCGCCAACUCCCUGUUAGUCGAUUUCUAAAUCGACGUACAAUGAAAUACAUCAUCGCUGCAAACUCACAAAUGAAAACAAGGGAACCUUGUAGCAAAAAAAAAAAGAAGUGGACAGAAUAAUGAAUAAGCAUGUCAAAUAUCUCUUGAGUAUCUAUUUGUUCAAGUAUGAAUGACUUUGUACAAGUAUCAAAGAUUGUGAGUGGAACCAAAUUAAGCAGGGCUUUGUGCAUG